UUGGGUACACCGGCAGCCAACACAUGGAGAAGGAUCAUAUUCUGCCGUUAAUCUUCUUCUCCUUCUUCUUACUCAAACCCAUAUCAGGCGCCGACGACGACUGCUGGCCAGCCUCCUGCGGUCCCACCGAACCACAAGUACGCUUUCCUUUUCGUAUCAUCGGCCAACAACCGUCCCGGUGCGGUUUCCCCGGUUUCCACAUCUCCUGUAACAAACGAAACAGAACAAUCCUCCGACUUCAGUCAUCGCGCUCAUACAUCGUCACCAGAAUCUCCUACGUUUCACAGGUCAUCUACAUAGAUCCGCAAUUCUGCCGCCCUAACCGUAUCGUCGAUGUCAAUCUAACCGACACACCAUUCGAUUUCAGUAGCGUACGGAGCUACACUUUUUACAACUGCUCCUUACAGAACUUCGGUUUCAUGUACCCGGCGGUGCCAUUUCCUUGCCUUAGCAGCGGUAAUUAUUCGGUAAUCUCCGUGCGAGCCGGAUUGUUUCCUCCGGGAAACAUGCCUUCAAGUUGUCACGAAAUGAAGACGAUCGCGGUGCCGGUCCGGUGGGACGGCGAUAUCAGAGAGGAACUGGAGUUGAUGUGGUUCACACCGUAUUGCAGAUCUUGUGAGAUGGAAGGUAGAGCAUGUGGAUUGAAGUCCGAUGAUGAUCAGACAGUUUGCCUUGGUUCUUCCCGCGGUAUUCCAAGGCGCGCCAAGUAUGGAUUAAGCAUAGGCAUCGGUGUUCCUGCGUUAGUAUGCCUCAUUGGGCUUGUAUGCUUCACAGCUUCUAGAGCGAGGGACUAUAACCAUACUCACCAUCAAAGCAUCGACCUUUUCUCUAUCACAAUCAUCCCACAACCACCCUCUGUGAGGGGCUUGGAUGGGCCCACGAUCGAGUCUUACCCAAAGACCGUGCUCGGUGAGAGUUGUAGAUUGCCUAAUGACGAUGGUACUUGUGCCAUAUGUCUUUCAGACUAUAAGCCUAAAGAGUCCUUAAGAACAAUCCCAGAAUGUAAUCACUACUUUCACGCAGACUGUAUAGACGAGUGGCUCAAGUUGAAUGCAACUUGUCCCGUGUGCAGGAAUUCACCUGAAAGUUUGAUGAUUACAACGUGUUCUUCGGCAUCAUCAACUUCUGUAGAUUCAUCGUAGAAAACCAAUCAACAAUCUUGAGUUUUGAUACCUGUUACACAUAUAGUUGUAUGUAUAAAAACAAUAUUGUAUGA